AUGACACACGACGUCCUGGAUGAUAUACGGCUGCUCCGGAUGGGGCUGGAGAGAUGGGGGUUGCGCAAGUUCAGCACCAACCUGCUCGCCGAUACAGGAGAUCCUGCGCAGAAGGGCGAGCAACUUCUGCGCCAAUGCUGGGAGGAAGCAGAAGGCGAUUCUUCCCAACCACCGAGAACGACUGAUGGCGACGAACAACCAAAUUACGUUGUCUAUGGCAUGCUACAGGUGUGCCUUGACCAGUGGCAGGGCACAACUCCGUGGCAAGGUGUGGACCGGGAUGUGAAGUCUUCACGGCACCAGCCGCCAGGCCCGCUGUCGGUCGUCUUCAACACGGUGUUUAUUAACAUCCUGAAACAGAUGAAGCAGUUGGUGGUGCAGAAACGUCCUGAACAAUUCCAGCGUGCUGUUCGUCACUUCACUACUGUGAUAUCGCGCAUGUUCACUGGUGCCUACGGUUCUGAGUUCUACCAAGACCUGGAGGUCGAGGAUCUGAAGCUCAUGGUUUUCCUGUUACGGACGCUUCUGUCAAUGUUUUUGGACACGCAGGUCGAUUGCCUGUAUCCUGAUGGUGCGCUGCCUGUACGAACGGUUUUCGUUUGGGCGCGGUGCAUCGUGCAGGUGUUCAACAUGAUUAGCGGGCUGCGACCGCAGUACCUGUCCGGCUUCGAACACGACCUAAUUACCGACUUCCGAGAUGUUGUCCAACUGCCCGACGGGACCACAUUAUGCCUUUUCCGGCGGGCGAUGAAGAGCCUGCAGCUGGUCGGCGUAGGCAUCGAGAUGAAGAACCCCACGGUCACUGUCAACGAUAAUACGCUGCGCAUACUGGCCAUCGUGAUAUCGGAAUUCGUCUACAAUAACAGGAUGCCGCACAGUGUCUCGGUAGAUGGAAAUAGUUGGGAUGUCUUUCGAGACCAUACGCUAAUGAGCACCGGUACGGUUUCGCAGACCUGCUACCCGCUCCAAGCUCUAUCGCACACUGUUGCUGCGUACCUCCUUGACCACUCCUUGCGUCCGCUGUCGGCCGUCGUAAGUGACGAACAGUCCAUGGCACACUGCGUCGCUCUGUGGCAUGCAUACAUCUACUUGAGGAUGGGUUACUGCGACUUCGCCUGCAAGAAGGAUUUUGUGCGCCGUAUUGUCGGGGACAACGGUGAUGGCGGCCACAACAGCAACGCGCUGCUGGAACUGAUAGACACCCAUCCAGACACGUACAAUGGCCCUGUCAUGUACACCGAAAAUGAAUACGUCGCCAUGCUGCGGGCAAUGAGGCUAAUGCAAGAGAUAGUAGUGCACCUGUUGACGGAGUUAGCAGAAGAAUGCACAAGGCCAAGACCGCGACUUCGGAAAGCAAACUCUGGCUACGCUGUGAACCACGAAAGCACGGAUACCAGCAAUGCAAGAUGGCUACGUAUAACAGUUCGCACCCUAUUUGUAUGGCACGUAUACUACUACAAGAUGAAGAUACAAAGGGUUGGUACGCACGCGCACGAUGUGGACUAUUAUACGUCUUUCUUCAAAAUGGCAGCUGUUACUUUGCACAGAUUCAGGUCGCAAACUCCUGCAGAAACCGCAGACGCGCUUACAUCAGUCACAGUGAUGAGUUUGUCAGUGUUGAGCAGAAGCAGGGGUCUGGAUGGCAUAUACCAAGUGGUGCCGCAUGUGCUGCUGAGGCCCACCACCGUCGGAGUCAACGGCAGUAGCCCGAAAAACCAGGCAAUUCGGCGCGAAUCGGAUACAUCAGGGCAUAAAGACGCGCUGCUACGUGUGGGUGCAUUUGCGUACACCAACAUGAAGGCUAUAGUCGAGAGCUAUAUUGGCUGGACAAGCCGACCCUACGACAUCAUGAAAGCCGUGUACACGGAGCUCCAAGAAGCAGGGCACAAAUUCACAUCUUUGCUUGACGUGGCAGAAACACCGAUCGCCGCACUGCUGAAAACGUAUUCGAAGUACAACCACCUGCGAACGUUGGAGUUCGGAACGCCGGAGCUGUUAAGCCACUACUCAUCCGAGCGGUCCGGGAACAGUGACGGAUACUCCGGUACGCCAAGAAAAGCGGGAGCAGCCAAAUACGGAUUUUCAAAAUGCUUCGAAGUCAGCGUCGAAGACGAGACGAUUGUUGCAAUGGUGUGCCUGGGAGCGGAGGCAGCCAUAAGGCUCUUUUUAACCCAUGACUCUAUGAACACGAAAGAGACCGCCUUGGCAUUCGUCAUUCUAAACACGCUGGUACUCCUCCUUUUGCAGCUACACCAGCGGUUACUGGCUGGAAACGGUGACGGCGGUGGAGGCAGUCGUGGCUCCACGGCUCUUGUGCUGCUCGAGACAUACCUCCACCUGCAAACGGUUGGCAUCAGCCACGACAUGCGCGCGGCAAUUAGAUCAUUUUUGAUGUCUACUUUCACGGUGGGAGAUGCCGUCGUGGAGGUGCUCAUUUGCAUGCACAUAGGAUCCACGUCGUCAUCACCACCACUGCCCACGGACCAAGGCGGUAAGAAAGGAGAUAUAGAAUGCCCUGGGUCACGGCGAGAAUGGCUCAUUGUAAUAGCGUGUCUACGGUGCGUCACUACGUCGCCCAUCAAGGAUGUAUUAUACGUGAUUAACACUCUUACGCUGCUGGCUGAUUUGAACGCGAACGGAGGUGUUACGAUGGCCUCUGGUGCAACCCACAGCGCAUCUGGAGAAUUGUUGUUCACCAAUACAAACUCUAAAGAAUCGCAACUAACUCUCUCCACAACGGCCAAAAACGAUGACGGCCUUGGAGGUACCCUGGGCUCAGGCACAGCCCCAACCAACUACAGCAAGGAGCACUCCAGCGUAGUGGAGAAAUUUUUGAUACACGCCCUGACAAGGUACUUUGCAAGUGUCGCCGUGAACGCAAAAAGGCUGCAAGCUAACACCAAUGACUGGGCUCGUCUUAACGCACGUUUUGUCGACGGUGUAUUCGGUGCCACUUUCAAGUUCCUCAGCGUGGCGAAUAUUGCCGACGUCACGUACGACGUUGUAAACAUCGUGCCGUUCAUGCUGAAGUUGUGGCAUAUCCUGCGGUCAGAGCCGCCGAGCGACAAUCCCGAUUUGGUGGAGUACUGCAUGGCACUACAGGCGCUGAACCGUCGAAGGCACUCGGUGGCUCACACUAUCCCGCUGUUGUCAGAUUCUCGCCGUCUGCUAAACCUGAUGCGGCGCGCCGUGGGACCUCCUAAGGCUGGAGAUACUGGUGAUAUUGAUAUGACGGGGCAGCCGGAUGAUACCGCCGUCAAUUCGGCAAGGGCAUUUACCGAGACCUCUAGUGAACCCGGCUCUAAUCGAAGGCGGCGAAACAGUCUAAGCGCAGCCUCCGAACCCUCAAACAAGACCAACAGGCAGUUUAGUCCCUAUUCGACUUGUCUGGAGCCCAUCAACCUGAACUGGAGUGGCGAUUUUUCUAUCAGCAAGGAUACCUCCAGCACCUCAGUGGACCGAGACGAAGAUCCAGGCGUAGUGCCUUACUCGAGAUACAUAGAGCUCUGUGCAGCCAGAUUGCCCAGAUUCUGCUUCCACUGCAAAAGGAUGUUGCGAUCGGAUGGGAUGCGACGGGGACUGUACCACGUCAUCUGCAGUCGCUGCGGACGGCCGUCACCACUACUCUGCGAAGGGCAUAUCGAUUCGAAUAAUACGUCGUACGGGUUGUAUGUGUCCUCGGCCGAGCCCUUCACUACUAGGGUUACAACUGAAGGUGGCAUGCUCGCCCUCGACUUCAGCCGCAACAGCGAAGGAAGCGUGGAUUUGGAAUGGGAUACCAUUGCAUCGCUUUUGGUUAGGGGAACACGAAAGAUGGCAAUCGAAUGCGCAACUGCCGAGGUCACGAACGCGGUUUCUACCGGCAUAUCUGACGCUCUUGCGUUCUAUAUGGUCAGCGCACCCGUGGCAUGCCAAGGCGUAUUGAAGGUGACCUCAACGCUGCCGGCCGUUGGCCCAUGUUUUGUAUUGUUGAUGAUGUACAAGACACAGAUAUACAACAAGCUUGGAAAACUGCCUGUGGAUGGGUUCUACACCGAAUUCUUCCGGACACGGUUUGUGGAUAAUAUGGUCAUCAUGUCCGACGCCUCUGCUGACGUAGAGCACUUGCAGGUGCAGUACUUCUGCGACUUAUUCGCGAUGUCAAUGGCGUCAAAUUCGUCGCGUCCUGAGGCUGAAACAGCCUGCAUGGACUUUUGGCAUAAGGUGCCCUCGCUCGUUGCCAAUAUCGGCGCUACUUCAUUGUCGCAAAUCGUCACGUCCCUGCUGCAGGAGAUUGUCGAUGCCGAAUUAAAGUUCGCCUUGCCGCACAUGUCAAUUGACGCCGCCGAUGAUGCAGCGGAGUGCCUUUUCACGGGAUACAUGGCUGACGAGAUGGAAGAUUCGGACGGUAAAAGCGCUUUUGCGGUUGCGUGGGUCGCAUUAUCUCAGGUGGCCAAUGUGAUGUCCAUCCCUUUGACUAAAUUAUUCGUUUCUGGGCUCUCGCUCACGCCGGUCCGCCUAGCACUGACCGUGCGCAGCAGGCUGACGCCGGUGCAGCCACUGGCCAAGGCUUUGUUGAGUACCGUAAUGUCGGCAUCCAUUUUGGACCGCCUCGAGGACAUUCACGAAGGCACAAUGCCGGGAGUAUUGUGCACUGACGUAACCCUGAAUUUCACCCUGGACAACUGCGACUACCGGCUCUUCCAGAUCAUGCAGCUGCUGAACGAGGGAGGCCAACCUCGGGAGAACGCCGAGCAGUUGAGGCGGUUGGACAAAUACCGCUUUUACGCCAUGGUGCGCCUACUGUGGUACGUUACGAAUCCACAUGUUGUGCUCCGGAUGAAAUUUUCACGCGGAACAAAGACGCUGCUGUCGGCGCAGACGGACUACGUUGCCGCACCGUUCAGCGUCUGCCUCGAAAUUACGCGCGACUACAAAAGGCAGUUGGUCAAACAGUUGCGUGCCAAGAGCACCGUAACAUCAACGCAAGCUACCGAUACUUCAACGCGCCAGGAUUCAAUCGGCAAAUCGAGUACAGCUGUUUCCGCAGCGGAUGUAAAAUCCGUACCACCGUCCAAUGACACAAGUCAACAUCUAAGGCUGGAAUUGGCUGCUAUAGAUACGCAAAACCUGGAGUCUAUCCAAAACAUUCCGCAGAUUGAUACGGAGAACCCUGAACUGCUGCAACAGUCUGAUGGCAUGGGGUUGUACGGCGCCCUGGAGAGCGGCAGACGGUACUCUGAAGGUGGUGCCAUGACCGAAUACAUGCGCGAGAAUUUCGUGCGCAUCCUGGAGUACUUCGUCGCGGUGUGGCUAAACAGGGGCCAACACAGCCACAACUUCGCUCUGAAGAACAAGCGUGUCUUCUACCCGGAGAUAUACGGCUACAGCGACAGACAGGAGGUGGCCAAGGCACACGUUGCGCGCACCUACAACUGCAUUGCCAUCUUGGUGAGUAUCUAUAAUGGCGACAUCGACGCGUUCUGCGACCGCAUGAUCGAGGUUCUGACGAUUUACCAACCCGACGCUGACAACGGACGGGAACUGCUCGUCUGCUGGGAUGCCGUGGCGCGUAAACUCUCCUGCGAUGUAUUGGGACCAUAUGCACCCGGUAUUGCGUAUUAUAUGGCGCGUAUUGCAAUCAUUGGCUCAGACGGUAGUGAAGACGGGAUAUCAGCCGACUGCACCGCAUCCACCGAACCCAAUUACACAGUGCCAACCCCUGAAGUCUUACCGUCUCGCAACGCCAUAAGUGCCAUAAAGAUGAGACUCAUGGACGUAGAGCACGGUGAACGUUUCUGCGCCUACAUCGAUUGCCUGGUGGACUGCGUCAGCCGGCCGCAGGAUCUCGACGGCAUAGAGAAGAAGCUUGAGAUGUUGGCAUCCAUGGUAUACAGUGACACCGAAAUCAAGGUGCCGUACAUCACUCGCGAAGCUGCUGCCAUCACGGCAAACCAGCUCCUGGAGCUGAAUCCCUUCAUCUUCAACAUCGAGAAGGCCAAGAAAGCCGCUUCCAAGCUUGCCGUUGCAGCGCUGCAUACCAUAGCGGAACAUUCAGACGAUUUCGCCAAAAACCCAACUGCCCUCGAUUCUGCGUGCUGUUCGAUACUCGGCUAUGUGCCCUGCGACCUCAACAAGUUCCGCUCGCCGAGGCAACCAUUCGCCGCCGGCAUGCAGUGCUUCCUCUCCGAUCCUUCGGAACUCGCCGCGCAGUUGCUGAAGGACUACCUUAUCCCCAACAUGCACCUGCAGGUGGCAUUGUACUGCAUCCAGGAGAUCCUUAAGUUGUUGGGGCUCUACAAGGGAGGUGUGCGUUCGCAGGCGGAACUGGAGGAGAUGGGCGAACGCUGGAACAGGACGUUCGAACCACUGACCAGGCGUGCCAUCGAACCCUAUCGCGCCACCAGUUUCUUGCGCAACCGGGCAAUAGAGGGGGUGAUAGAAACCAGAUUGGAUGUAAACACCGUGUUGGACAUCAAGUCGUUCGUGUGGUGGCUGCUGAAGAUGUUGCCGGAUUCGUGCCCGACUUUGCCUCUGUUCCGCGCCUGCGACCUCGCCAUGAUCAAGAUACCGUCGGUGCUGACGUUCUUGCUCCCGUACAUUGUGGACUCGUGCGUCCAGUUCUUGGACGAUGAGCAGUGCGCCUCUAUCGGGAAGCGCAUGGCCUCACUGCUUUGCAAUAUCUUGAAGCGUGACAGUGCCACAUUUGGCAUAAACUGGCAACCGCCAUACGAGGUGCUCUCAAGGUCAGUCAUGGCGCUAGACAGCACCGACCAGUACACGUCAUGCCAAGCGAUCUUCAACCUGAUCGACGGCAUCAAGGUGCUUACGGACCGGUACCGCAAAGAUCUCAUCGCCAUGCGAGGAAGCUCAUCAUCCGGCCAUUUAAAGCGCCGCAAAUCUACCCAAACAGCCGAUCAGGAACACAGCACAUACAACCGGAACACCAUGGGCUCUGCAGAUGACAGUUGCGGGAGCCUUUAUGGCAUAGGCUCCGAGAGGGAUGCCUCAGAAACUGUGAGGAUUCUGAUUACAAAGAUGAAACGUCUCGAAUCCAUCCUUCACGCUGUGCCCGAACUGUUGGUGGCACAUGCUGCGAUAUCGUGUGGGUCUUACGCACGCGGGGUGAUGAUCAUUGAGAAGAAGUUGACGUACGAGCCGUUAUCGUACAAUUUCGGAAACCCUGGACAGGCGCUGAGCAACCACGCAAUAUACUCGAAGGUCGAAAAUAUAGGUCUGAACCCUCAAGCUAUCAUCUCCCUACUCUGCCGUGGCUACUUGGGACUGGGUGACUUCGACUCACUCGUUUGCAUAUCGAGCAUAGUGCUGCACGACGACUCGAUCAGAUCAGAAAGGAAGACCGUGAGAAAGGAUCCGGCUUCCGCUGUCAAUUGCCGCAUCGCUCAUCACUCUGAUUCUCCCUUCGUAAAUGCCCAUGCGGCCGCUGGCGAUGAUGCCAAAGCGCUCACCAGCCACACCACAAAGUUGGUUGAAACCCGCAAAGGAUCAAUUUCAAAACGUCAGAGGGACGUGUGCCGCGCAUUCUCGUACGAAUGCAGGGGCGAGUACCGAGAGGCAUGCGACGUGUACAACAGGCUGCUGAAAUUCUCCCAGGACACGCGGCUCUGGACCAGUUGGUACCGCAUCAUACAGAUGACUGGCCCUAGCGCGUUUAUACAGCUGCCUAAAUUGCCGGAACUGGAGGAGUCAGCGGAUUCGCUCAUCGCCGAGUCACUCACUGCGUGUUGGAAGCUGUCUCUGUGGGACGAGCUCGACGAAUUGCUCGAGGCAAAACGCACGCAUGAAACAGAACUUCUUGAAAUAAAGGCCGAGGAACUCUCUAGCAUCGACGUGCUGCUUGUUGACCGUAGUGCUGACCGCAAGGAAGCCCGAGGUUCUCAGCUAACGCAAUGCACAGUUGACGACAGGCGUGAGGCCGAUGUCUUCUGGGAAUCACUGCUGAUGCGCGACCCAAUCGACGUGUGGUUCAUGGAGCAGACUGCCAAUGCCAUGAGCCUCCUGCACAAGCGUGACUACGUUGAGAGCGAACGGACCAUCCAGGAGGGGUUCAAACACCUGAUCCGCCCGCUGGGUUUGGCCAUCCGUGAAUCCAGCUUGGUGGCCAUGAAGUACCUGGAAAAGAUCGCAAUAUUCAAUUCUCUCAGACUAUCCAGCAGACUAAGUGCGGGAAAAUAUACCCUGGAUGAAGUCAGCUUCGCGCGUGAACUGCUAUCGUUGAACCAGGGUUCGGCGGAGCACAGCAUCCGCAACGUCAUCAACAUCCUCGGGUCAGCCAAGGUAGCUCUUGAGCUUGGAGAUAAGUGCGACGCCGCGGCCGAGCUGCUGGUGUCACUGAAUCGCACCUGCCGUCUCAACAAGGUAGACAUGCACAUCCCGGGAAGCAUGUCACUGGAUGACGAGGCUCUCGCCGGGCGCAGCGACGUGGUGCUGGAGCACGCACUUACGCUGCACCACAAAGGUCACGUCGAUGACGCCAUCGCUUCGCUGAAACAUCUGGCGCAAAACGACUUCGAAGGCUUCUACAACCUGGUGAAGAUGUACUCCGAGUCCAACUUGCUAAUCCCUAAGCGCGCCAUAUCGUAUAUGAAGGAGAUCCUGGACGCGGCACCGCUAUCGUUCAAGGCCAAUCUGCUCUAUGCUGAGUAUCUUGAUCGACUACUUGAUCACAGGCUGCGCAAUGCGCACAACUUCCGCCUGGUUCUGGAUGACAGCAGCAUCUGCACCCGCCGGAGCACCCUACAUUCAUCGGUUGAGAACACCUAUAUAAUCACCGGUGUCGAGGGAAUUCCAGGAGUUUUCACGUUCGUCCAGUUGGUAUCGGCUACGGUGAACGCGUACCUGCAGGCGCUGGCUUUCGUCUGCCCCAAACGGCAUGAAGAAGGGACGUCGCCAGGGGGUGUCUCCCGAGGAAGCGCACCAGGUACUCCGGAAAACGACCGUAUAAGGUGCCUGAAUAAGGCGGAAUGUGGCGAUGUAUGCAAAUGCGAUCUCAACCUUGAUGCCGACGAAGCCUCCAAUAAAGAGGAUGAAGGUAAUGCGGGUGACAGCUCGUUCCCAGGUGAUAACAAAAAAACAGCAGGAUCAGUCCAAGAUUCGGGCGAACACAUGGACAUUGUGGAUAUUCUCACGAAGGUCAUCGCAAUAAUGUGCUUCUACUGCACUCCCAACACCACCCAGUUUCUCAGCACGGUCACCUUUGAGAGCGAGGCAUGCCAGAUAUUUGCCAACGCCAUCAUGGAGAAGUUCUUCACGUACACCGACGCAGUGCCGCAAUACUACUGGUAUGCGGUCAUAUCUCAACUCAUGAGCAGGUGCCACCACAAGUUCCUUGGCGGUCUUAUCUUCCAGACUCUGGUGGCGAGGCUCGUAGCACGCUACCCCAAGAUGGCGCUCUGGUCGACCCUCUACUUUGCCCACUCUGUGAACCCACGCAUGCGACAGAUACACGCAAAUAUCGAGCGCAAGGCUCGCGAGUUAGUCCCCGAGUCAGCACUAGUGGUGGAGUACCACCACUCCAUCUUCAAGGAGCUUAGCAAGGUGGCCAUGGACACCACGGUGUCCGUCAACGACAAGUCGGCGCUGCGCUUCCAGAGCAUGUGGCGCGUGCUUAACAGCGCGGGGUGCAGGGAGAACGCCAUCAUCCCCACCAUCGAGAACCUGAGCUUCGACCACAUCAUCCACUACGACAUCAUGGAAGCAAAGUCGCGGCUGUGCGGCCUGGACGAGAGCAUGCAGGUGCUGCGCUCGAAGCAGAAACCGAAGAAAAUCGGUUUCUACACCGUGUCAGGCCAGGUGGUGCACUUUUUGGUCAAGAACGAAGUAAAGGGCGACCUGAGGAAGGACAAACGUAUGAUGGAGGUGACCCACGGCAUGCCUCUACAGUGCUACAGCGUGGUAUCGCUAACAGAGGUGGCGGGCAUCAUCGAGUGGGUGCCUAACAUGGCAACCAUGCGGGCAUUGGUCACCGAUGAAUUCAGGCGGGUGACCGGUGCCACCGACCGCGACCACAAGGGCGACAUCAGCAAGUACGCCGCAAGCAUAACGGCGAAGAACUACGGCGAUUCGCUGACGUUAUUCAAGCGCCUCUGCCAGCGGAGACCGCCCGUGCUGCACCGCGCAUACUACAAGGUGUUCAAGCGCGACCCCGCCACGUGGUUCUGCGCCCGUAAGGAGUUCAUCCACACGUGCGCAGUGUGGAGCAUCCUCGGGUACAUAGUGGGACUCGGCGACCGGCAUGCGGAGAACAUCCUGCUAAACCUCAUAACGGGGCAGGUGAUGCACGUCGAUUUCGACUGCCUCUUCGGCAAGGGAUGGUUGUUAGCGGUGCCGGAGCUGGUGCCAUUCCGAAUGACACAGAACGUGGUGUGCAACCUCGGUGUCUGCGGGACGGCCACCGACGGCCCAUUCUACUCCGAGGCGCUCAAGUUCCUCCAGAUGCUGCAGCAGGACCGGCACAAGAUCACCGCCAUACUCAUGAGCUUCGUCUUCGACCCGCUCAUCGAGUGGCACCGUGGCGAAGCCACGCCUAACCCGGAUUCGGAUUCACAGAAGGUGCUCCAGUGCAUAGAGAGCAAGCUACGCGGGGCGCUGAAUGUAGUGCUUCCGUCAGUGGAAAUUAGUUCAAGUCUGUCUGCGCGCGGCAACGCAGAGGACGCGGGGGAUCCGCAGUCCCUGAAAAGCUUCGAGAACGUCGCAGAGAUCAUGGAGCCCCGGCAGCAGCUUCAGCAACUCAUCCAGGUGGCGACGUCGCAAACGCACCUCUCCAAGAUGUUCGUCGGUUGGGCGCCUUGGAUGUAG